AUGUCCAGUAAAGGUGGAAGGUUGGACCCUGCUUGGGGUCAUAGUGAAGAAGUAAUUGAAGAGGGUCCAAAAAAGGCAUACAAAUAUCUAAAAUGUAACUAUUGUAGCAAAAUCAUUAAGGGAGGGGUUCAGAGAGUGAAACAACAUCUUGCUUGUACACACCAAGAUGUAGAGCCUUGUCCUAAUGUUCCAGAAAUAGUGAAAGAGGAAAUGCUUAAGUUUUUGAAAGCAUUUCAGGCUACUAAAUUAGCUUCUCGAACAACCUUUGAAGAAAAUGUAGCAAGUGGGGCAUACUACAAUAGAGGUGGAAGUGUUGAUCCAUCAUUUACAACUGGUAGCUCUAGGGGUGUUAGAGGACCAAUAGAUAGAUGGAUGGUGGGUGGACAGGAGGAUGAAGUAGAUGGUCCAGGACCUGUAAAAAUUACCCCAUCCAAUGCUAAAGAGCAUCGAAACCAAGUUUGCUUGGAUAUUGGGAGGUUCUUUUAUGAGAAUGGAAUCUCGUUCAAUGUAUCCAAUAGUCCAUCAUUUACUAAUAUGGUACAUUCUAUUGGAAACUAUGGACGCGGAUUGAAACCCCCUUCAAUGCAUGAGUUAAGAACUUGGAUCCUUCAAGAAGUCAAAACAACAACAAUGGUGGAUGACAUUAAAGCAACUUGGAAGACAACAGGGGUGUCAUUGUUAUCAGAUGCUCACUGCAUCGAUUUGAUGCUUGAAAAAAUCGGUGAUUUGACUCAACAUAAAAAUGCUUUGCUUAAAGCAAAAAAGGUUAGCAAUUUCAUCUACAGCCAUCAGUGGGUGUUAAGUUUAUCCCGGAAGAUUCUGAAGAAAGAUCUACUUCGACCAACCGCCACGAGAUUCGCCACGACUUUUCUGACUAUACAAAGCAUUUAUGAAUCGAAACAAAACUUACAACAAAUGUUUGUUUCAAACGAAUGGGGGGCAUCUUCUUGGGCUAAGAAACCUGAUGGUAGAGAGAUAAAAAAAAAUUAUGGAUGA